CUCCUCCUCAAGCCUCGGAAGCAAGCAGCGGGAGGAGAAACAGGCAGGUCCAGGCAGGAGGGCCCGGGGCUGGGAGGGGCCGAGGCGAGCCGGCCCCCUAGUAGGAAAUGAGACGGAUCCAAGUAACACUUUAAAAGCCCGACUCCCUCUUCCUGCACGCGUUCUCUUUCCAUCCUCCACUCGCUCCGGCCCCUCCCGGACAGCCUCCCUAAUCAGCAGCCUGAGGAACCCGAGCCUGCCCGGACCCAGGUGGGACCCAGAACUUCAGCUCCAGGAUGUUGACGAAGUUUCUGCCGCCGCUGCUGCUGCUGCUGCUACCGGGCUGCGCCCUUUGUAACUCCGACGGCUCCCAAAGCCUGCAUAUGUUCCAGAUCUCCUACUUCCAAGACCACCAGCAUGUGAGGCAUCAGGGCAACGCCUCUCUGGGAAAACUCCUGACACACACGCUGGAAGGCCCGAGCAACAACAUCACGAUUCUCCAGCUGCAGCCCUGGCAGGAUCCGGAGACCUGGGAGCGCACAGAGAGUGGCCUGCAGCUCUAUCUGACCCAAUUCGAAAGCCUGGUGAAGCUGGUGUAUCGUGAGCGCAAGGACAAUGUGUUCUUUCCUCUCACUAUUAGCUGCUCCCUGGGCUGCGAGCUGCCGAAGGAGGAGGAGGAGGGCUCAGAACCCCACGUCUUCUUCAAUGUGGCCGUGAAUGGAAGCGCCUUUGUAAGUUUCCGGCCAAAGACUGCCGUGUGGGUGUCGGGCUCCCAGGAGCCCUCCAAAGCAGCCAACUUCACCCUGAAGCAGCUCAAUGCCUACAACCGGACUCGGUAUGAACUGCAGGAAUUUCUGCAGGACACCUGUGUGCAGUUCCUGGAGAACCAUAUCACCACGCAAAACAUGAAAGGGAGCCAAACAGGUCGCUCUUACACGUCACUGGUCCUGGGCAUCCUGAUGGGCUGUUUCAUAAUCGCUGGUGUGGCCGUGGGCAUCUUCAUGUGCACAAGUGGACGGCGUUGUUAAUUAUUCUCCAGGCCCCUCAGAGAAAGGGCUGGACUGGUGGGGGCUGGUAAGGGAAGGUGGAAGCUCAUAUGAAGCCAGACUCCCCUCAGUGGGCCACCACCUCUCAGGAGGUUUAAAGCAACAAUUCCAGGUCUGACUGCCUAAGAAGUGUGUGAGGAAGGGUAUGUGUGUGUGUAGGGGGAGAUGUAGACAGAGUCAGCGGGUUGCAAAGGACUUGGGAGCAUUCGUGUGUUGUGUAGCUGGUCUGAGAAGUGGGUGCUUAGCUGUGGGAAUCAGACUUGGGUGGAGGCUGGGGGACCUGUGACCUCCCUGAACAGGCAGACUUACUGUAGGCAUUCAAAACCUCUUACUAAGUAAAAGAAGUUGUCUGUAACCAAAAUAAAACAUACUUAAUGAGUCCAGGUGUGUCCAACUUGGGAAGGGACACUGGUAUGAUAGGGAAGAAAGAACCACAGAAAUGUCACCGUUGUGAGGUUAAACAAUAUGGAAGCAGUUAAAUUAAUAAAUAUUAAAUUUCUUAUUUAUGUAAAAGGUGUACUCAUAUCUUCUAUUUUAUUAAAGCUCCUGAAAGAAAGUAUAGCCCA